GCUAUAUAAAGGCCCCUCCUGUGCAGAGGUUGAUAGGAGAUACAGAAGGAGAGCUCGAAUUCCUGCUGAGACUCUCAGAGAGAUUCAGGAAAGAAGAUGCAUAAGAUCUGGGGACUUGUACUCUUCUAUGGACUGCUCAUACAGAGCUCAGCCCACAAAAGAAGACAAAAACUGAUCUUGACUCAACCACUGGCAAAAGCAUCUGUUCAGGCAGAAGUAUCAGCAUGGGCAGAAGUCUCCCCAAGCUUACUCUUAGAGGUGGCUACUAGUUUACACAGCAAACUGCUGAAUACAAAUACUCUCAACAAUCUUAAGAAACUUCCCUUCAUGGAGGCCUUGCACCUUAUUCAAGGUGGAUUGCUUGGAAGUUUACAUGCAGGAGUGGAUGCCAAGUUUCUUGGCCUGGAGAUUUCUUCGAUUGAAAUUAUAGAGGCCCAAAUCUUCAAUAUUAAUAUUACACAAAAUGAAGAAAAACGUCAACAACUGUUAGCAACAUUCCCUGUAACCUUGGAUAUGGAAGCAAAUAUAUUCUCUCUUGGAAAUAUUGGUUUCAAAAUAGAAAUGAACAACAGAUUUCAAAUUGGAACAGAGAUGGAUGAAAAUGAAGAUGGUUACUUGGUCAUUCAGGGUUGUAACAGUGACUUUGUCAGUUUAAAAGUCAAAACCCACAUUAGCCUACUCAAUGCUAUGCUGAAUGCAUUUUCAAAAGUUCUGAAUGCUGUGGUUCCCCAACUGGUACAGGAAGCACUCUGUUCGGCAGUCAGCACAUGCUUACUAAAGUUAGAUGUUAAGCUGAAAACGGCUCUUGUUGAUGCACUAAUAUGUGGAAAUAAUCUCAAUGUUAAUUAAUGAAACUUCCAGAAGGCAGAUCAACUUUUUUUCUAAACAGAAAGCCUGGAAAGAUUUCCAUGAACUGAUGCUGAGUGAAACAAACAGAACCAGGAAUGCAUUCUAUGGAGUAACAGCAAUAACAGCGAUAUCAACUAUGAAAGACUUGAUUCUUCUCAGUUGUUCACUGAUCCAAGGCAAUCCCAAUAAACUCUGGAUAGAAAAUGCUAGCUUCAUCCAGAAAAAGAACUAUGGAGAUUGAAUGUAAAUCAAUACAUGUUAUGUUCAUUUCUUUUUUUUUGCCCUCUUCCAUGCUUUUUCAUUUUGUUCUGAUUUUUUCUCUCCCAACAUGAUUCAUAAAGAAA